UCCAAUCAACUUUUUUACAACAUAGUCCAAUCUUAUCUAUUUUUGAAAAAUCAACCUCAAUAUAGUCUUAUCCCCAAACUGGGGCACAUCUCUUCAUUAUUAAGUUUACUUCAAACCUCAUUUUCUCAUGAUUUGCUAGGAAACCAAUACUUUUAUAGUCAAACAACUCCUCACGUUUCCAAACCGCGUCAUCAAUAUCUCCAACUAAUUUUCCCCAAUAAUUUCUAUUUUCCUUAAUUAGAUACAUACUAUAAAUAAUGGUAUUAAAAAAGUUUAAAAGAAAAAUCACAACUAUAAUCACUAAACCCUUUAAAAAGCAGCCCCAAAGACCUUCAAAACCCCAAGAACCAUCUCCUCCUCUUCCUCCACCUGAAUCUCCAUCUCCUCCUGAAACUGUUGAUUCAAGAAUCAUGCCUUACAGAUCAUCAUUUGUUCCGUUUCUGUUUCCAAAAGCUGAAUCAACUGUAAUUCCUGAUCCAUCUCGUUUUUUCUCUCCUCAUCUUCUCUCUUCACCGCUUCCCACAAACUCUUUCUUCCAGAAUUUCGCUCUGAAAAAUGGUGAUCAACCUGAAUACAUACAUCCAUAUUUAAUCAAAUCUUCAGCGUCAUCUUUAUCUUGCUCUUAUCCAUCUCGUUUCAUUACUGCGGCUUUUAUCUACCAAGUAUUUGUUCCUGAUCUUACGAUCUCAGCUGCUGAGAACAACUCUGGUAAUAAUGAUCAUGUCAUAUCUGAUUUCAGUGAUCUUAGUGUUACAUUAGAUCUUCCUUCUGGUUUACGGUUUUAUCUGGUUAGAGGAAGUCCGUAUUUGACUUGCUGUGUUAGUAAUAAUACUCGUGUUUCAAUCUCAACAAUUCAUUCAAUUCUAUCUAUUUCAUCGAAUAGUUCAAGAGAUAAACACACAAUUAAGCUCAAUAACAAUCAAACAUGGGUUUUUUAUUCAUCAUCUGCAAUUGAUCUUACACAAAAUGGUAAUGUUCUUACCUCUAAUGGAUUCACUGGCGUAAUUAGGUUUGCUGUUGUGCCUGACCCAAGUUUCGAAAACACACUUGAUCGGUAUAGUCGUUCUUACCCAAUUUCUGGUGAUGCUAUUUUCACCAAACCCUUUUGUUUGGAAUACAAAUGGGAGAAGAAAGAAUGGGAUUGGGGAGAUGUGUUGUUACUUGCUCAUCCUCUUCAUUUGCGUCUAUUGUCGGCUGAUGAUUGUAGUGUUACUGUUUUGAAUGAUUUUAAGUACAAAAGUAUGGAUGGUGAUCUUGUAGGAGUUGUUGGUAGCAAAUGGGUUUUGAAAACCCAUCCAAUUUCUGUAACUUGGCAUUCAAUUAGAGGUGUUAAGGAAGAGUCUUUCCCUGAAAUCGUUUUUGCCUUAAUAAAUGAUGUGAAAGGUUUGAGUUCUACUCCUAUAGCUACCAAUUCAUCCUACUUUUAUGGGAAAGCAAUUGCAAGAGCUGCUAGGUUAGCAUUGAUUGCUGAAGAAGUUUGUUUCCCGGAUGUAAUUCCUGAGAUUGUCAAGUUUUUAAAACAUUCAACUGAACCUUGGUUAGAUGGGAAUUUUAAUGGAAAUGGAUUCUUGUUUGAUUCAAAAUGGGGUGGGAUUAUAACCAAGCUAGGUUCAGUUGACUCUGGGGGAGAUUUCGGGUUUGGAAUCUAUAAUGAUCACCAUUACCAUCUUGGUCACUUUCUUUAUGUCAUUGCUGUCCUUGGAAAACUUGAUCCUGCUUGGGGAAGAAAGUACAGACCUCAAGCUUAUUCUCUAAUGGCAGAUUUUAUGAAUUUGGGUAGAAAAGCAAGUUCGAAUUACCCUAGGCUAAGGAAUUUUGAUCUGUGGAAGCUGCAUUCAUGGGCAGGAGGAUUAACUGAAUUUGCUGAUGGGAGGAAUCAAGAAAGUACUAGCGAAGCUGUUAAUGCCUAUUAUUCAGCUGCAUUGAUGGGUUUAAGCUACGGUGACACUCAUCUAGUAGCUACUGGUUCGACCUUAGCUGCGUUGGAGAUGCAAGCAGCACAAACAUGGUGGCAUGUAAAAGAAGGAGAAGGAAUUUAUGAAGAUGAAUUUAGUAAAGAAAAUAGAGUUGUGGGUGUUUUAUGGGCUAAUAAGAGAGACAGUGGACUUUGGUUCGCUCCACCUGAAUGGAGAGAAUGUAGAUUGGGAAUUCAGUUGCUUCCACUGUUGCCAAUUACUGAGAUUUUGUAUUCCGAUUUAGGAUUUGCAAGAGAAUUGGUAAAAUGGACUCUGCCUGCACUGUCGAGGGAAGGUGUCGGAGAAGGGUGGAAAGGAUUUACAUAUGCAUUGGAAGGAUUAUAUGAUAAGGAGAGUGCUUUGGGGAAGAUAAGAAGCUUAACAGGACAUGAUGAUGGGAAUUCACUUUCCAAUUUGUUAUGGUGGAUCCACAGUAGAAGUGAAGAAGAUGAUGAUGGAUAUGGAGGUGGAGGAAAAUACUGCUGGUUUCAGCAUUAUAAUCACUGAUUGCUGAUCAUGGUAGUUCUAUGUCAUUGUUCAUUUCUUUUGUGCUAAAUAUCUGGUGAUGGUUUGAUUAUUUGAAUAAACUUUUGCGUUUGAUUUCUUUCAUGUUGUUGAUGAGAAGAGAUUCUAUGAUUAACUCCUUAAGUGACUUAAGGGGAUGAGUUCAAUACUGAAAUAAAGCUUAUGUAUAAUUUAAAUGAAAGAAUGAAGUUCAGGUUUUGUUUGAUCGCUA